AUGUUGCACAUGGGGCGGCUGAGCGAAGGUUCACUGGUCUGCAUCGCAGUCCUUGCUACCGUCGUGUCGGCAGGGCUGUAUGGCGGAUACGGUGGUUAUGGUGGAUACGGAGGAGGAUAUGGUGGCGGCUACGGCGGAUAUGGAGGCUACGGCGGUGGCUACGGCGGCUACGGCGGUGGCUACGGCUACCACCCUGUAGGCCGCGUGUUUGCGUACUCAACGCAUAUUCACCACCCAUCGUACGGUUACGGCCAUGGCGGCUAUGGUCACGGAGGUUACGGCGGAUAUGGUGGAUACGGAUACGGACAUGGCUACGGACAUGGCUACGGCCACGGAUACCAUGGUUGA